UGGAAGGUCUCCACAGUCCCUCACCCUUGAACUGGUAAAAGAAUAUGGCUUUGAUGAAGUGAAUCCUCUGCCUUUUCGACAUGCAUGUAACAUCACAGUCCCUGGUGCUCCUGCUGCGUGGUGUGAUGCUGUCGUGGUGUAUGGAAGCAAACAGCUUUCCAUGGGGCAGAUUUUGCAACCAGCAAUAGAAAUGGCUGAGAAGGGCUUUCCAGUGUCUGAGAUUACUUCUUACCAGUGGAAGCAAGAUGCUCAUGUUCUUCAGUCACCUGGAAAUCAACAUGGAAAGGACCUCUUGAUCAAUGGCGAAGCACCAGAGCAUGGCCAAGUCUUCCAAAAUCCUCUUUUGGCAAACACUUUUAAGCUUGUUUGAUAGCUUCAUAAUAGAAGCUUCUGAAUUAGGAGAAGGUUG